UGGCUCCCAGCAGCGGUUUAAUAGUUAUUGUCAGGAGGAUUUCCAGGGCCCAGAGCCGGAGGGAUGUUGAGGUUUUUUGGUGUCUUUGUGGAGGCCCUGGAAAAGAUCCCCUUGUGAAGGCUACAACUCCACUUGAGUCCACAGACCCCCACGGGCCUUUGGGCUUCUGGGAAGAGUGGCAUUGGCAGCAAGAGAGGUCCAGCGUGAACAUGCCAGCUAACAGACAUUCAACCCGGAGAUCACUGGCCCAGUCUGCAGGGAGACAUGGCAACUCCUGUGAGGUAUCAGUGUCAUUUGAAGAUGUGACCGUGGAAUUCAGCAGGGAGGAGUGGCAGCACUUGGGCUCUGCUCAGAGAUGCCUGUACCGAGAUGUGAUGCUAGAGAACUACAGCCACCUGCUGUCAGUGGGGUAUCAAGUUCCCAAACCUGAGGUCAUCUUCAAGUUGGAGAAAGGAGAAGAACCAUGGACAUUGGAGGCUGAAACCGUAUAUCAAAACUGUUCAGACGACAAAUUUGGGAUUGAGACCUUACAAUAUAGAACUACUGGGAAAACGUCCUUUCAUAGUGAAAUUGAGGGUGAAGAUACAAGAGAUUGUUCAUUGUAUACUGUGUUAGAAAAACUGUGGCAAGAUGCUGAACAGAUGGAGAGAUAUCAGGAAAAACAAAACAAACUUCUGAGUCAUGCUGCUUUCAUCCACAAGAAAAUAUUGGCAACAGAGUGGGAUUAUGAAAAUAAAAGUACUGGAAAAUUUGUUUGUCCAAGCCCAGACCUGAUUUCUUCACAAAAAAGACCCCAAAAACGUGACUCAAUUGGAAAGGGUUUUAAGCAUAAUUUAAACUUAGAUGUCCAUAACAAAAACAAUGCAACAAAUAGCUUUGAUAAAAUUAUAGAACAUAGUCAAGUUUUCACCCAGAGCUCUUCUUAUACUAACCACGAAAAUACUCAUACAGGAGUGAAAUUAUGUGGACGUAAUCAGUGUGGAAAGCUCCUCAACUUCAAACGAGCACUCGGCCAAAAUCUGAAAUUUCCUGUUGGGGAGAAAGCAAAUACUUGUGCUGAGUUUGGGAAAAUCUUUGCCCAGAAGUCAAGCCUGUUUACACCUCAGGGAAUUCAGACUGUGGAAAAACCUCCUGGACUUAACAAGUGUAUAAAUGUUUUUACAAAGAAGCAGUUACUUAGCAUAUAUCUGAGAGUUCAUAGAGAGGAAAAACUACAUAUAUGUAAUGAAUGUGGGAAGGCCUUCGUCCAGAAUUCAGAAUUAAUUAUACAUGAGAAAACUCAUACUAGAGAGAAACCCUAUAAAUGCAGUGAAUGUGGAAAAUCAUUUUUCCAAAUGUCAUCUCUAUUUAGGCAUCAGACGAUUCAUACUGGAGAAAAACUCUAUGAAUGCAGUGAAUGUGGGAAAGGCUUCUCUCUGAACUCAGCCCUCAAUAUACAUCAAAAAAUUCAUACUGGAGAGAGACACCACAAAUGUAGUGAGUGUGGGAAGGCCUUUACCCAAAAGUCAACACUCAGGAUGCACCAGAGGAUUCAUACAGGAGAGAGAUCCUACAUAUGUACUGAAUGUGGACAGGCCUUCAUCCAGAAGGCACACUUGAUUGCACAUCAGAGAAUUCAUACUGGAGAGAAGCCUUAUGAAUGCGGUGACUGUGGCAAAUCUUUUCCUUCUAAGUCACAACUCCAGAUGCAUAAGCGAAUCCACACAGGAGAAAAACCCUAUAUAUGUACUGAAUGUGGGAAGGCCUUUACCAACAGGUCAAAUCUGAAUACUCACCAGAAAUCCCAUACUGGAGAGAAGUCUUAUAUAUGUGCUGAAUGUGGGAAGGCUUUCACCGACAGAUCAAAUUUCAAUAAACAUCAAACCAUUCACACGGGAGAGAAACCCUUUGUUUGUACAGCUUGUGGGCGGGCUUUCAUCCAGAAGUCAGAAUUAAUCACACACCAGAGAAUUCAUAGUACAGAGAAGCCUUUUAAAUGUCCUGACUGUGAGAAAUCUUUCUCCAAGAAACCACAUCUCAAAGUCCAUCAGCGAAUUCACACGGGAGAGAAACCGUACAUAUGUGGAGAAUGUGGGAAAGCCUUCACUGACAGGUCAAAUUUCAAUAAGCACCAGGCAAUUCAUACUGGAGAGAAACCCUAUAAAUGUAGUGACUGUGGAAAGGGCUUCACACAGAAAUCAGUUCUUAGUAUGCAUCGCAAUAUUCAUACGUGAAAUGAACUGUUUCUUGAGAGUAUAAAGCCUCAUCAUGGAAAUCAAGUUAAGUAUAUUUUAGAAUUCCUCAGAUAGUUCCUAUAUGAAAAGAUUUUAUAAGGAAACAUAUUCAGUGGGUUUUCUCCCCUAAAGUGAGAAUCAUUCAGAAGAAAUGCUCCUAACUGUGCAUUGAAUGCGAGGAAUUUUCCACGUUUGUGUAGUCUGCCCAGACCAAAUGGAAUUCAUCCUGGGGGAGGGCGG